CUACGGCUCUCUCCAUAAAUUACCGUCCUUGCUAACACAGCACCCUUGUGCUUACGCCCUUGUUCCUCUCCCGUCGGCGUCUUCCACUUUACUCCUCCGCCACCGUAGCUACUCCACCACCCCCUCCCCUCUCCCGCGCUGCGCUCGCCAUGCGAGCCUCGGCGAAGGCGGCGGCGGCUUCCCCUUGGCGUUUCUAGAUGGGCUCCUCCUCCCUCCUCCUCUUCCCCUCGUCCUCCUCCUCCGCCCCCAACCACUCCUCUUAUUCCCAUGCUCAUGCUGCUGCAUCAGCUUCCCGCUCCGCCUUGCUUCCACCGCUCCCCUCCCCGUCUCCCUCCGACCUCUUCCUCUACCUCGACCAGCUAGACCACCAAGAGGGCGCCGCCGCCAUGGUACGCAAGCGCCCGGCUCCGGACGUCGACCUGCCCCCGCCCCGGCGCCAUGUCACCGGGGACCUCUCCGACGUCACCGCCGCUACGGGCGGAGCAGCGCCCCCGCAGCAGCUCCCGCCGGCGGUGGCAGGGAGCGCGCAACUGCCCGCGCUGCCCAUGCAGCUGCCGGCGUUCGGCAGCCACCUGCAGGCGCCAGUGCUGGCGAUGGACGUCGUCGUCGCACCGCAGGUCGCGACGGAGGUUAACGUCAACAAUAACAGUACGGCGUGGGUGGACGGCAUCAUCCGGGACAUCAUCGGGAGCAGCGGCGCCGCGGUCUCCGUCGCGCAGCUCAUCCACAACGUCCGGGAGAUCAUCCACCCCUGUAACCCCGGACUCGCUUCACUCCUAGAGCUCCGCCUCCGCUCGCUCCUCGCAUCCGACCUUGUCCAGCACCAACCGCCACCUCCUCCUCCUCUCCAUCAUCCGCCCUCGCUCCUACCCGGUGCCGGUGGCAACACGAUGCUCUCCGCCCCGCCGGUGCCGGCGCUCCCUCCGCCGCCGCCUCCCGACAAGCGGCGCCGCGAGGAGGAGCAGCCGAACCAGCCGCCGCAGUCGCCGAAGCCGCCCCCUUCCGCGGAGGAAACCGCCGCGGCCGCCGCAGCAGCUGCAGCGGCAGCUUCCGCCGCCUUGAAGGAGCGGAAAGAGGAGCAGCGGAGGAGGCAGCGCGACGAGGAGGGUCUCCAUCUGCUGACGCUCCUUCUGCAAUGCGCCGAGUCCGUCAACUCCGACGACCUCGACGAGGCCCAGCGCGCCCUGCUGGAGAUCGCGGAGCUGGCCACCCCGUUCGGCACCUCCACGCAGCGCGUCGCCGCCUACUUCGCGGAGGCCAUGUCGGCCCGCCUCAUCAGCUCCUGCCUCGGCCUCUACGCGCCGCUCCCCAACGCGUCGUCCCCCGCCGCGUCCCGCCUCGUCAACUCGCGCGUCGCCGCGGCGUUCCAGGUGUUCAACGGCAUCAGCCCCUUCGUCAAGUUCUCCCACUUCACGGCGAACCAGGCCAUCCAGGAGGCGUUCGAGCGGGAGGACCGCGUCCACAUCGUGGACCUCGACAUCAUGCAGGGGCUCCAGUGGCCGGGACUGUUCCACAUCCUCGCCUCCCGCCCGGGCGGCCCGCCCAGGGUGAGGCUCACCGGACUCGGCGCGUCCAUGGAGGCGCUCGAGGCCACCGGAAAGCGGCUGUCGGACUUUGCCCAUACGCUGGGCCUGCCAUUCGAGUUCUACCCGGUGGCGGGCAAAGCUGGGAACCUUGAUCCGGAGAAGCUCGGCGUCGACACGCGGCGGCGCGAGGCUGUUGCCGUCCACUGGCUCCACCACUCGCUCUACGACGUCACCGGCAACGACUCCAACACACUCAACCUCAUCCAAAGGUUGGCGCCGAAGGUGGUGACAAUGGUGGAGCAGGACCUGAGCCACUCUGGCUCCUUUCUGGCCCGCUUCGUGGAGGCCAUCCACUACUACUCGGCGCUCUUCGACUCGCUGGACGCGAGCUAUAGCGAGGACAGCUCGGAGCGGCACGUCGUGGAGCAGCAGCUGUUGGCGAGGGAGAUCCGCAAUGUGCUGGCCGUGGGUGGCCCGGCACGCACCGGGGACAUCAAGUUCGGAAACUGGCGGGAGAAGCUCGCGCAGUCGGGGUUCCGUGCGGCGUCGCUGGCGGGCAGCGCCGCGGCGCAGGCUUCCCUGCUGCUCGGCAUGUUCCCCUCGGAUGGCUACACUCUCGUCGAGGAGAAUGGCACUCUGAAGCUUGGAUGGAAGGACCUUUGCUUGCUCACUGCAUCUGCUUGGCGCCCAGUUCAGGCUUUAGGCCGUUAGAUUUAUAGAGCUAAAGCAUCACUAGAUUUUACUUAGUGCAACUGUCUUCUUCUUUUGCCUCUUAAGCUGCUCAGUUCGAUCAAUUCUAAGACCAGGAAAAAGGAAAGCAUUCUGAUCACUAAUUGCUACUACAUCUCUCCACAGUGGUAGUUACUAAUGUUCAACUUAAUAGUAGUAGUUUCUGCCCACUUCAUGCUCAACUUUACCAUUCCGGCCAAUUAUAUUUACCUUUUUCAUCUUGUGUUUCCUGAUCCUUGUUGAUAUCAGAUGCCAUUGUCCUUGAUUAAACAAAUCAAAUAUUUGGUGCCUUGAUUCA